ACAGAAGAUACUUUGACAAAAAAAAUCUUGAUGUCCGAAGAAGCGGAGAAGAAGAAGAUGGAUAUGGAGAUGGAACGGAAAUUGAGGAACCAAGAGAAGGCUAAAGAAAAAGAGAUGAAAAAGCAGAAAGCUUUGGAGAAAGCAAAGCUCAGAGAAGUUGUCAAGUCAGCAAAACCUAAAACAAAAAUUGCAGAGAAGAAGAUUGGCAAAGAAGAUGAAGAAGAAGAAGAGUUCUUAGAUCCGGAAACUCCUAUUGGCGAGAAGAAGAGGUUAUCUUCACAGAUGCCCAAAGAAUACAAUCCUUCUGCUGUGGAGAAAUCAUGGUAUGAAUGGUGGGAGAAAUCUGAGUUUUUCAAGGCUGAUGCUACGAGUUCCAAACCACCGUUUGUGAUGGUUCUUCCUCCUCCUAAUGUUACAGGAGCAUUGCAUAUUGGUCACGCACUAACAUGUGCAAUGGAGGACACACUGAUUCGUUGGAAGAGGAUGUCUGGCUUUAAUGCUUUGUGGGUUCCCGGGUUUGACCAUGCUGGUAUUGCUACACAGCUUGUGGUAGAGAAAAAUCUUACCCGUGAAACAGGAAAGACCAGGCAUGACUUUGGCCGUGAGGAAUUCUUGAACCAUGUGUGGCAGUGGACAGAGAAUAAAAGUGGUACAAUCAAAUCACAGCUACGUCGUAUGGGCUCAUCUCUUGAUUGGUCCCGUGAGUGUUUUACGAUGGACGAGCAACGAUCAAAGGCUGUCACUGAGGCCUUUGUAAGGUUACACAAGGAAGGGCUUAUCUACAGGGAUCUCCGGCUGGUUCAUUGGGACUGUUUCCUUAGCACUGCCCUUUCUAAGCGUGAGGUUGAGCAUAUUGACAUCAAAGGAAGAACACUAGUGAAAGUCCCUGGGUAUGAGAAACCAGUUGAAUUUGGUCUUAUCACUUCAUUUGCUUACCCUCUCGAGAGAGGAGGCGGUGAGGUUGUUGUUGCCACUACUAGGAUCGAGACUAUGCUCGGCGAUACCGCCAUCGCUAUUCAUCCCGCUGAUUCAAGAUACAAGCACCUGCACGGAGAGUUUGCUGUGCAUCCCUUCAAUGGGCGGAAGCUACCAAUCAUCUGCGAUGAGAUAGUUGUUGAUCCUAAUGUUGGUACUGGUUGUCUUAAGAUAACUCCAGCACAUGACACCGAUGAUUUCGAUGUAGGAAGGCGCCACAAUCUGAAGGUCAUCAACAUUUUCACUGAUGAUGGAAGAAUCAACACGAAUGGUGGGCCUGAAUUCACAGGGAUGCCACGCUUUGCCGCUCGUGAAGCUCUUGUUGAAGCUCUGCGUAAGAAGGGGCUGUACAGAGGUGAGAAAAACAACGAGAUGAAAAUUGGAAUUUGCUCAAGAAGUGGUGAUGUUGCUGAGCCUAUGAUGAAACCUCAGUGGUACGUGAGUUGCAGCGUGAUGGCAAAGGAGGCUCUUGAUGUUGCCGCCGACGGGAAGAUCGAGUUUAUUCCGAAGCAGUACUCUGCAGAAUGGAGAAGAUGGCUAGAGAACAUUCAUGACUGGUGCAUCUCGAGACAGCUUUGGUGGGGACAUAGAAUACCGGCAUGGUACGCCACUUUAGAAGAAGACCAAAUUAAGGAAGCAGGUGCUUACAACGACCAUUGGGUUGUUGCUAGAACCGAGGAAGAAGCUCGUAAAGAGGUUGCACAUAAAUUUGCUGGGAAGAAGUUGUUGGAGCUCUCCCAAGAUCCUGAUGUGCUUGACACCUGGUUUUCUUCUGGACUCUCUCCGUUAUCUGUUUUUGGAUGGCCAGAUGAAACUGAGGACUUGAAAGCUUUCUAUCCAACGUCUGUUCUUGAAACUGGACAUGACAUUCUGUUUUUCUGGGUUGCUCGUAUGGUUAUGUUAGGAAUGAAAGUGGGUGGUGGGGAUGUUCCCUUCAGGAAGGUUUUUUUGCAUCCCAUGAUACGUGAUGCACAUGGCCGCAAGAUGUCAAAGUCUCUUGGAAAUGGCAUUGAUCCGCUUGAAGUCAUUAACGGUGUCACUCUUGCUGAUCUACACGCCAGGUUAGAAAAUGGAAACCUGGAUCCGAAGGAGCUGGUUGUUGCCAAGGAGGGACAGGUGAAGGAUUUUCCAAAUGGUAUAGAGGAAUGUGGCACUGACGCUCUACGAUUUGCGCUUGUAUCCUACACGUCCCAGUCUGAUAAAAUCAACAUGGAUGUCCAACGAGUUGUUGGUUACCGCCGUUCGUGUAAUAAACUGUGGAACGCCGUCAGAUUUGGGAUGAUGAAUCUUACCGAGGUCUAUACUCCUCCUGUGCAAACUCUAAGCCCUGAAACCAUGCCCUUCAGCUGCCAAUGGAUCCUUUCUGUACUAAAUAAGGCAAUAUCAAAGACAGUGGAUUCCUUGAAUGCUUUUGAGUUAUCGGAUGCUGCCGACACAGUGUAUGCCUGGUGGCAGAGCCAGUUUUGUGAUGUAUUUAUUGAGGCAAUUAAACCUUAUUUUUUUUCUGAAAACGCAAGCAGGACUCUUGCACAAGAUGCUCUAUGGGUGUGUCUUGAAACUGGUUUGAGAUUGCUGCAUCCAUUUAUGCCUUUUGUUACAGAAGAGCUGUGGCAGCGGUUGCCUUCAUCGCAAGACUGUGAACGGAAGGCGUCUAUCAUGAUAUGUGACUACCCAUCUCCCGUAGAAAAGUGGACAAACGAGAAGGUGGAAACCGAAAUGGACAUGGUUCUGGCGACUGUGAAAACUCUUAGGGAAAUGAGAGCUGAAGAGCCUCUAAAGAGCCAGGGGAAUGGAAAAUUGCAUGCGUUUGCUCUGUGUGGAAAUGCUUUAACACUGGGGAUAGUGAAAUCCCUUGAGCUGGAGAUCAGAACUCUUGCAAAGCUCUCAUCCUUUGAGGUUAUGUUGAGUGGAGAAGACAAAGCAGCCGAAGCUGGAUCAGCUGUUGGAAAGAUGGUGAACGAGAGCCUCAAAGUGUAUCUCAAAGUGGAGGGAGCAGAAAUUAAUGCAGAAGCUGAACGUGAGAAAACCAUGAACAAGAUAAAAGAAAUUGAAAAGCAACAGGAGAAGUUGCAGAAGAGUAUGGGUGCUAGUGGGUACGAAGAGAAGGUCCCUGCAAACAUAAAGGAAGACAAUUUGAGGAAGCUCGCAAAGCUUAUUGAACAACUCCGAUUCUUGAAGGGUGAUGACGAUAUUGUUUCAGAGACAUCAAUUACAAGCUAAAUGGAGUGUGGACAAUUUAGAAAUCAAUAGGUGGAAGAAGCUAUGGAAUGGAACAAGGCUGUUGCUGCUUCUAUUACUACUGUAGUACUGUUCAAAAUUCUUUAUAUGCCCGAUACAAUGUCUCAAGACUUUAUCAAACAGUUUGUGAUUUGUGUUUGCUCUGUUCUGCUUAUGAUGUAGUUUUGUAACGUAUUGUGACCCACCAAUUAUUUUCAUUAUUAUCUUGACAAACUUUUUCUUCAUA